GAGCCCUGUAGCCUUGCUGCAGCAAGCCUCCAUCUCGCGGUCUCUCACUGAGGACCAAGAGACAUUGGUGUGCAGGAGAUUCAGUGUGUGUGUUUGUCAUUCCCGUUUGGAUUUUUUUCAAAGACAUUGUCAUCUGUGUAGAAGCCAGUUUCGAUCUCUGGUUUUUACCCCUUGCCCUGCUGGUAGGGCAUUGUGCAGCACCCGUUGCAGGCCACCUGGGUGCAGGAGAUCGAGGAGGGUGAAGGGAGGAGCAACCCUGAGCAUCUGCCAUCCAGCUCCAUCCGAUCUAGAGCAAUUCCAGGAUGGAGCGAAUAAGGCGGAUGCUCAGAAGGAAGGCCGGGCAGGUGGCUCCAGAGCCAGCAGUAAACAUCAGCGAGCCUUCCCAGGAGGAGAGCGGCCCCUCUGUCCCUGCGGGUGGGGAAGAGGCUUGUGGCCAGGGGAAAGAGAGGAGCUGCGUCGCAUGCUGGAGGAGGAGGAAGACACCAGCUCCCCUAGCUGACCCUGAGGCACCUUCUGGGCCAAAAUGGAAGUGGCCCCGGGUUCAGCUAUGGAGGAGAGAGCCAGGAGAGGGCAGGAGCCGGGGAAGGCAGCUCUGGGGCUUCCUUCGCAGGAAGCCAAGGAGCCAGGAGCUGUGCCCCAGGGCCCAGCAGGAGCUGUCCACCACCAUGGCAACUGAAGAGCCCUGCGCCAGCCCGACCCUGGCCCCUGACGAGCCUCCCGCCAGUACCACCCUGGCCACCAAGAAGCCUCCCGCCAGCCCCACCCUGGCCCCCGAGGAGCCUCCUGCCAGCCCCACCCUGGCUACUGCGGAGCCUCCCGCCAGCCCCACCCUGGCCAUUGAGGAGCCUCCUGCCAGCCCAGAGCAGGAGUUGAGUGACUGCGCGACAAACACCAGCAGCUCUGCAUACUCCUGCGGGGCCAGCAGCUCCUCCGUGGGGUCUGGCAACCCUGAGUUUAAAGGCUCCCUCUUUGGAGGUCAGGGGAGACCCAGGGGAAAGGGAGGAGGACUGGGGCGGUGGGGGACUGGCAACACCCUGUGCCCAUCGGCUCGGCAAGGCGUCAGGACUGACCCAUGUGAGCCCCCUAAAACCAGUGGGGGUGGCACAGCCACGCCCCAUGGCCGGGGAUGCUGGGCGGAGUCGGGGAGCUCCAGCCUCCCCUGAUCAUGUUGA